AUGACGUUAAACUCGAAACUUUUAAUAAUUUUGACGUUGCUGACUUAUGGUGUUCUGGGAAGGAACGCGAACAGCAAGCACGACUUCUUUAAAGAUACUUAUAAUAAGAAAAGUGGCUCUAUGUUGAUGGAAAUCGCGAAAGAGCUUGUACAGAGGUCCUCAAGUACCAGUCAGGUGUUGAACCUGAAUCUAUCAAAUUUGUUGCUUCUUUUGGUGCUAAAAGCAGUUGUAUUUGGCGCUGGGUAUUUGGGGCACAAUGUCCACAAGGGACGCGACCUGGAAGAAGAAAAUGUUCUAUCAGAAGGAGAAAUGGCGUUAGCUCUGGGAUACUUGAUGGGAGAUACUUGUUUGUAUAGAGCAGCCUGCGAGGAUCCACACGUGGCGAAAGAGUAUCUUGGAGCAGCGGAAAUGAUUGUCGAAACUGCAAAAUUGUUGCCUCAAAUUCCUUCUAUAGAAGGCAAGUACGAGAAAACAAUGGCAGAAUUCCGGAAAGCCAUCGAAUACGGUUUCACGGAUGGCUGUCCACCCGAAUACACUUGUAAAAAAGAAAACAUUAAAAACUUUUUAAGAGAGGAAAGAAAAUGA